UGGCACAUUGACAACACCUCUUAUGUCGAAUUUAUUUUCUUAACACCAGAUGGAACUUUGAAGGAAAUGCACUGGGAUGAACAAGUCAAGAACUCGUAUGUUUCUUGGAUGCUUCCGGCCAAUCGAUGUGAUAUUUAUGGGGUUUGUGGACCUUUUGGAGUUUGCGAUAAGAGUAAGUCUCCAAAUUGUGAGUGCUUGAAAGGGUUUGUACCAAAUUCAACUGAGGAUUGGUGGAAAGGAAAUUGGGCAGGUGGUUGUGUGAGGAAAACCGAACUGCUUUGCGAAAAGAACACUAGCAGCUUAGCAUCAUCAAGAAAGGCUCAAAAUGAUGGGUUUUUGAAGCUGAGCAGUAUGAAUCUGCCAGAUCAUCAUGAAAAUUUGUACACCGAGGAUUCCUCAGGUUGCCAACAAUGGUGCUUGAGUAACUGUUCUUGUGUGGCAUAUGCAUAUCUGACUGGAAUUCAUUGCAUGGUUUGGUCUGGAGGCCUCAUGGAUAUUCAGCAGUUUUCACUUGCCGGGAACGACCUCUUCCUUCGCCUUUCAUAUUCAGAGCUGGGAGAAGAUAAGAAAAAUAAAAAGUUCAUCAUCAGCUUUACUACAAUUUCUGGGGUUGUCCUCUUGGGUGCCUUCAUGUAUGGUAUGCACAGGUGGAGAGCAAAUCAAAGAGUAAAGAGAGAAAACAUGAGAAAGGACUUUAAAAUGGUUGAUUCAAUGGACACUUCAGAGCUACCAAUUAUUGACUUCGAUAAAAUACUAGUCGCUACCGAUAACUUCAGCACAACAAACAAACUUGGGGAAGGAGGAUUUGGACCUGUUUAUAAGGGAAGGUUAGAAGAUGGGCAGCAAGUGGCAGUGAAAAAACUUUCGAGGCAUUCAGGGCAAGGUGUGGAUGAGUUCAAGAACGAGAUCGUAUUGAUUUCCAAACUGCAACAUAGGAAUCUUGUUAGCCUCUUGGGUUGCUGCAUUAAAGGGGAAGAGAAGCUAUUGGUUUAUGAGUACAUGAGAAACAAAAGCUUGGACACUUUUCUCUUCGGUUGGUUUAUAGUCUCAUCUUUAUUACUAUAAAUUGUUCAUAGGUCAUUCAAUAAUAUUACUACAACUGUGCCUAACACGAAAGAAAUGAUAAAAACUUAUGUUUAGCCUUGUUCUCUUAUCCUCAUUGGUGAUACAAUGUAUGGAAAGGACUGACUUUGGUGAAUGCAUCUUUUUGACUGUCAUGCUUUUGGUUAGAUGCAACGAAAAGGGUGAAGCUUGAUUGGGCUAAACGCUUCGACAUUAUUCAGGGAAUUGCUAGAGGGCUUCUUAUCUCCAUCGCGAUUCUUGUUUAAGGGUUAUUCACAAAAAUUUGAAAGCCAGCAAUAUUCUCUUGGACAAUGACAUGAAUCCAAAAAUUUCAGACUUUGGGUUAGCGCGAACUUUCCAAGUGACACAAGAACUGGCAAACACUCAUAGGGUGAUGGGAACAUUGUAAGGAUCCUUUCUUUCCUACAAUAGAUUUUGCUCACCUUUGCCAACUACUUUUCCUACUGAUGCAGUUAUGUAUGAUAUGGAACAUUUGAUGUUUGAAAUACUACAAAUAAAAGUAUAAUGGCCUUAAAAUAUAUCUUGGAUU